AUGUCAGGGGAGCAGCCUCCCAACGGGGAGUCGCUGCACAGCCAGCGCUCUUCGAAUGAACUCGCCAGGGUCCAAACGGGCGUCUCUGUUGAGGCAGCCGAAGCUCACUUUGCUGGCCUGCAGCGCGAGUUCACCGGCGUCUCCCGAGCGAGUCGCAGGAACAAGUCCUCUUCCGACCCGGAAAAGGGAGCCACUGUCACGGCGGAGGAUGACGCCUCCGUCUUCGACUUGGAAGCCGCUCUGAGAGGCGACCUGGAUGCCAGCACCGAAGCUGGCAUUCGAUCGAAGCACAUUGGAACCUGCUGGGAUGGCCUGACCGUCAAGGGCAUCGGUGGCUUCACCAACUUCGUCAAGACCUUCCCCGAUGCCUUCAUCGACACCUUCAACGUCCUCACCCCGCUGCUGAGCAUGAUUGGCAUGGGCCCCAAGUUCACAGAGGCCACUCUUCUCAACAAUUUCCAGGGCGUGUGCAAGCCUGGAGAGAUGGUUCUGGUUUUGGGAACUCCCGGAUCCGGAUGUACCACCUUUCUCAAGGCCAUUGCCAACCAGCGAUAUGGAUACACCAGCGUCACCGGUGAUGUCUUUUACGGACCAUGGACGGCACAGGAGUUCAAGCGAUACCGCGGUGAGGCUGUCUACAACGCCGAAGACGAUAUGCACCAUCCUACAUUGACCGUGGAGCAAACGCUGGGAUUCGCUUUGGACGUUAAGAUGCCUGCCAAGCGACCCGGCAACAUGUCCAAGGCCGAGUUCAAGGAGCACGUCAUCACUCUCCUUCUCAAGAUGUUCAACAUCGAGCAUACCCGAAAGACAAUUGUCGGUGAUGCCUUCGUUCGAGGUGUCUCUGGUGGUGAGCGAAAGCGUGUCUCCAUCGCUGAGAUGAUGAUCACCAAUGCCUGCAUUCUCUGCUGGGACAACAGCACGCGUGGUCUCGAUGCCAGUACCGCCCUUGACUUUGCAAAGAGCCUGAGGAUCCAGACGGAUCUCUACAAGACUUGCACCUUCGUCUCCCUGUACCAAGCCUCUGAGAACAUUUACAAGCUCUUUGACAAGGUCAUGGUCAUUGAUGAGGGACGACAGGUCUACUUCGGUCCCGCAAAGGAAGCCCGUGCCUACUUUGAGGGCCUCGGCUUCCUGCCGCAGCCGAGACAGACAACGCCCGACUAUGUCACCGGAUGUACCGACGAGUUUGAGCGCGAGUACCAGCCCGGAAGGUCGGCGGAAAACGCUCCCCACAGUCCCGACACCCUUUUGGAGGCUUUCAAGGCGUCUAAAUAUCAGAAGAUGAUUGAGGAUGAGAUCGCCGAGUACAAGGCGAACCUCGAGAAGGAGAAGCAAAAGCACGAAGACUUCCUGCUUGCCUUUAAGGAGAGCAAGCGCGGCACGUCGAAGCGAAGCCCCUAUCAGGUCGGUUUCCACAUCCAGGUGUGGUCCAUCAUGAAGCGACAGUUCAUCCUCAAGCUGCAGGAUCGCUUCAACCUCGUCGUCGGCUGGAGUCGCAGUAUUCUGGUCGCUAUUGUUCUCGGCACACUGUAUCUGAAUCUCGGUCAAACUUCCGCCAGUGCUUUCAGCAAAGGUGGUCUGUUGUUCAUAGCACUCUUGUUCAACGCUUUCCAGGCCUUUUCGGAGCUGGGAGGCACCAUGACGGGACGUCCACUGGUUGCUCGGCACAAGGCAUACGCAUUCCAUCGGCCGUCGGCUCUCUGGAUUGCCCAGAUCUUCGUGGACCAGGCGUUUGCGGCGAGUCAGAUUCUCAUCUUCUCCAUCAUCGUAUACUUCAUGACGGGCCUGGUCCGAGACGCCGGUGCAUUCUUCACCUUCUAUCUGAUGAUUCUCUCUGGUAACAUUGCAAUGACGCUCUUCUUCCGAAUCCUUGGUUGUGUCAGCCCGGACUUUGACUCUGCCAUCAAGUUCGCAGUCGUCAUCAUCACGCUCUUCAUCACCACUUCCGGAUAUCUCAUUCAGUACCAGUCCGAAAAGGUGUGGCUUCGUUGGAUCUAUUGGAUCAAUGUCCUGGGUCUCGCGUUCAGCUCCCUGAUGGAAAACGAGUUUGAACGGAUCGAUCUCACUUGCACUUCGGAAUCGCUGAUUCCAUCUGGCCCCGGAUACACCGACAUCAACCACCAAGUCUGCGUUUUGCCCGGUUCCACCGCUGGUACGACGUUUGUCCGCGGCCGCGACUACAUUGCCCAGGGCUUCGACUACCUUCCCGGUGACUUGUGGCGCAACUGGGGCAUUGUCAUGGCCCUAAUUGUCUUCUUCCUCAUCUUGAACGUCGUUCUCGGUGAGAUUGUGACCUUUGGCAUGGGAGGCAACAGCUUCAAGGUGUACGCAAAGCCUACCAAGGAGCUGGACGAGCUGAACAAGAGGCUGCUCGAGAAGCGCGACGCGAAGCGUCAGGACAAAUCUAACGAUGUAUUGACUUGGGAGAACCUCAACUACGACGUCCCCGUUCCCGGAGGUACACGCCGACUCCUCAACAACAUCUUUGGAUACGUGAAGCCGGGCGAGCUGACGGCCUUGAUGGGAGCGUCUGGCGCUGGAAAAACGACUCUUCUGGAUGUCUUGGCGGCUAGAAAGAACAUUGGUGUCAUCUACGGAGACGUCUUGGUUGACGGCGUCAAGCCCGGAAAGCAGUUCCAGCGAUCCACCUCUUAUGCCGAGCAGCUCGAUGUCCAUGAGCCUACGCAGACCGUCCGUGAAGCUCUUCGAUUCUCCGCCGAACUGCGCCAACCCUACGAGACGCCCAUGUCCGAACGAUACGCAUAUGUGGAAGAGAUUAUCUCUCUGCUCGAGAUGGAGAACAUUGCCGACUGCAUCAUUGGAUCUCCCGAGGCCGGUCUUACCGUGGAACAGCGCAAGCGUGUGACCAUUGGCGUUGAGCUGGCCGCCAAGCCCGAACUGCUCCUGUUCUUGGACGAGCCUACUUCCGGCCUGGACAGCCAGAGCGCCUUCAACAUUGUUCGUUUCCUGAAGAAGUUGGCUGCGGCCGGCCAGGCCAUCCUCUGCACGAUCCACCAGCCCAAUGCCGCCCUCUUCCAGAACUUUGACCGUCUGCUGCUUCUUCAGCGAGGAGGACGCACCGUGUACUUUGGCGAUAUCGGCAAAGACGCUGCUGUCCUGCGUGCCUACCUGGCUCGCUAUGGUGCUGAAGCUGCUCCGACCGACAACGUUGCCGAAUACAUGCUCGAUGCCAUUGGUGCCGGUAGCAUGCCCCGGAUUGGCGACCGUGACUGGGCCGACAUCUGGGAAGACAGCCCCGAGUUUGCCCAUGUCAAGGACACCAUCAUUGAGCUGAAGCGGGAGCGAGUGGCGGCCAACCAGGCGAGCGGCUCCGGACUCGAGAGAGAGUACGCCUCUCCUCUUUCGCAUCAGAUGAAGGUUGUCGUUCGACGCAUGUUCCGGUCUUUCUGGCGUUCGCCCAACUACCUGUUUACCCGCCUGUACGCUCACGUCGCUGUCGCCAUCAUCACCGGUCUCACGUAUCUCAACCUGGACAACUCCAAGGCCUCCCUCCAGUACAAGGUCUUUGUCAUGUUCCAGAUCACCGUGUUGCCCGCCAUCAUCAUGUCGCAGGUCGAAAUCAUGUACGCCAUCAAGCGUGCUCUCUUCUUCCGCGAAUCCUCGUCCAAGAUGUACUCGACCUCUUCCUUUGUCACGGCCAUCAUCCUCGCCGAGAUGCCCUACUCCGUCCUCUGUGCGGUGGCCUUCUACCUACCCUUGUACUUUAUGCCCGGUUUCCAGACGACCCCCUCCAGAGCCGGAUUCCAGUUCUUCAUGGUGCUCAUCACGGAACUCUUCUCCGUCACUCUGGGCCAGGGUCUGUCGGCGCUUACUCCCUCGCCUCGCGUCUCGACCCAGUUUGAUCCCUUCAUCACGAUCGUCUUCGCUCUCUUCUGCGGUGUCACCAUUCCGUACUCGCAGAUGCCCGAGGGCUGGCGAAGCUGGCUGUACCAGCUCGACCCCUUCACUCGUCUCAUCGGUGCCUGCGUGACGACUGCUCUUCAUGGGCUCAAGGUCGUCUGCAAGAGCAGCGAGCUGAACCGAUUCACCGCCCCCAACGGCACGACCUGCGGCGAGUACAUGCAGCCCUUCUUCGAGAAUGGCGGACCCGGCUACCUCGUGUCCAACUCGACGCAGAACUGCGAAUACUGCUCGUACAGCGUUGGCGAUGAGUUUUACGUUCCGUUGAGCCUGAGCUUUGACCACCGAUGGAGGGAUCUGGGUAUCUUCCUCUGCUUUGUCGUCAGCAACAUUACCAUUCUAUACCUAGGAAGCCGAUUCGUCAACUACAACAAGAGGUAG